CCAAACGGAUCGGAGCGAGGCCGCCGGGGGCGGGGGCCGGUGGGCAUCAUGCACGCGCCCGUGCGCGUUCUUCUAAUCGCACUCCUUCCCUCCCUCUCUCUCAACCGCCCCUCCCCCUCCCUCUCGGGCUAGAGCUACGCGGCGGUGCCGAGGCCUCUCGCCCGGUAACGGCCGUUCCCUCCUCCCCCAUCCCUGCCGCGACGGCGGCAGCAGCAGCGGCAGCGGUAGCGGCCUCCUUUUCCCUUCCGGCUCCUCGGCUGAGCGGCGACCGUGGUAUCCCUACGGGGAAGAACUUUGAUAAACUGAACAGCAUCAAGAAUACAGCAUCCAAGAGUGUCAGUGAAUGUAUAUUUUGAAGAAACUAGGGAUCUUAUCAUGGAGAUGGACUAUCAAUUCAAAGACUUGUUUGGCCAGUGUUGGACAAACACUGAGGCACCUUAUGUUGAAUCUAAAUUUGAAAAGAGAAGAGUUAAUGUAACAAAGUACCAGAGUUACUCGAAAAUGGCAGAAGAGGUGGUGGUGGUAGCCAAAUUUGAUUAUGUGGCCCAGCAAGAGCAGGAGCUGGAUAUCAAGAAGAAUGAAAGACUUUGGCUACUGGAUGAUUCCAAGUCCUGGUGGAGAGUUCGAAAUUCUAUGAACAGAACUGGUUUUGUGCCUUCUAACUAUGUUGAAAGGAAAAACAGUGCUAGGAAAGCUUCUAUUGUGAAAAAUCUAAAGGAUACUUUAGGUAUUGGAAAAGUGAAAAGGAAACACAGUGUGCCAGAUUCUGCAUCUCCUGCUGAUGAUAGUUUUGUUGACCCUGGAGAACGGCUCUAUGACCUCAACAUGCCUGCUUAUGUGAAAUUUAAUUACAUGGCAGAGAGAGAGGAUGAAUUAUCUUUGACAAAAGGGACAAAGGUGGUUGUCAUGGAGAAAUGCAGUGAUGGUUGGUGGCGGGGGAGCUAUAAUGGACAGGUUGGAUGGUUUCCUUCAAACUAUGUGACUGAAGAAAGUGACAGUCCUUUGGGUGACCAUAUGGGCUCCUUAUCAGAGAAAUUAGCAGCAGUUGUGAACAAUUUAAACAGUGGACAAGUGUUACAUGUGGUACAAGCUCUCUACCCAUUCAGCUCCUCUAAUGAUGAAGAGCUAAAUUUUGAGAAAGGCGAAAUAAUGGAUGUUAUUGAAAAACCUGAAAAUGACCCUGAGUGGUGGAAAUGUCGGAAGAUUAAUGGGCAGGUGGGCCUAGUGCCAAAGAACUACGUUACUGUCAUGCAGAACAGCCAAAUAACCUCAGGAUUGGAACCAUCACCCCCACAGUGUGAUUACAUUGGGCCAUCAGUCACCGGCAGAUUUGCUGGCAACCCAUGGUAUUAUGGGAAAGUCACUAGACAUCAAGCAGAAAUGGCAUUGAAUGAAAGAGGGAAUGAAGGGGACUUCCUCAUUCGGGAUAGUGAAUCUUCACCAAAUGAUUUCUCAGUAUCUUUGAAAGCACAAGGGAAGAACAAGCAUUUUAAAGUCCAGUUGAAAGACACUGUUUACUGCAUUGGACAGCGUAAAUUCAGCACCAUGGAAGAACUUGUAGAACAUUAUAAAAAGGCACCAAUUUUUACAAGUGAACAAGGAGAAAAAUUAUAUCUCAUCAAGCAUUUAUCAUGAUAGAAAGAUGACCAGAAUAACUGCCACAAAUUUCAAAUUAGAAAUGUAAUUGAAGACUAUGAAGAUGUUGGUCCAAUCAAGAUUGGAAAUUGAUGUUUUUAACUCCAUAUGAAAUUGACUAUAAUACAUAUGUAUUUUUAUUAUAACAUAGCACAUGCACAUACAUAUAUGCCAUUUUAUGUAAAAAAAAACUUUGUAAAGCAAUUGCUUCCAUCUUUGAUUUCCAGCUUUAUUGUCACUUUUCCUUUUUCUCGUUUCUAGUAAUGUUUUAUAUUUUUAGAUAUCAGUUUAGUGAAGGACAAAUAUCUUUAAAUUAUAGAUAUUCUAAAUUACUCAUCCUUUCUUCUUCUAGCAGGGCUACCCUAUUAGGCAUUUGUUUUUGUCACACUGUCUCUUGAAGUAUAAAAAUAUUUUUCCCCUAGUAUGAAAUAUUCUAAAAUAAAUUUCCCUGAAAAUAGUAAUCUUUCCUGUGUAGGCUGACCAGCAAUAAUAACUGAAAAAUAUUAAAGAUGGUUUCUAGAUACCAUUUUUCUCCUAAGCCAUUGUAAAUACCAAAUAAGGUUGUCUGCCAUUUAAAAAAAAAUCAUUCAUUGCUUGUGUUUCAUGUAAAACUUGAAUGUUGGAAGAAAUUUUGGGUAAUUUUAAUUUACAGUUAUUGAAGGGGCAGGGGAAACACCCUAAAAGAACUGAAUUGGCCUUUUCUGAUUAUUCUCCAUCUGUUACUUGUGUGAAAACAAAGCAAUCUCUGUGCGAUACAUUUAGCUUUUAAGAUGAAAAAUGAACUCUAGACAGUAAUUUUUCCAAAGGGGAUCACUUCAGGGUGUAUUCUGUGCCAACAAAAAAUAAGAUAUGACAAAGUUUUGGGGAAAAGAAUAAACAGUAAGAUACUUGACUAUUUUCCUAGGCAACAUCAACAAUGGUCAGACAUACUUGUUUAAAAAAUAAUUAUGUCCUACUCUCUGCUUUCUAGUUUUUAUAGGAAAGAGUUAGAACUUGUUGAUCUGAACACUAAACCUAGUGUUUUGUUCCCAAAUAUGCCUUACUUUGAAGAAUUUGUGAACUAGUCAGGAGAAACAGAACUUAUUCAUGUAGUUAUGGAUUUUAUUUCAAAGUCUAUUUUUGUAGCUGCUCUUAAUUGGAAGGGUUUUUUCCCCUGACCAAAACAUUGGUUUCUAUUGGAAAUAUGAGGCUUUGACUAUAGUAAUUAGGUUGAUUCUGUAUGCCUCGUGGGAAAAAUGGUAUCAUUACUUUGUAGUUAUACCUUUGUUGAGUGUUCUGUUUACUCAGAAAUUAAAACCUGAAGAUUUAUGCUAGACAGCUGGGUGAAAAUGCUCAUCAAAAACUAAUUUCAGGUGUUUAUAAAAGCUACUUCACUCAGUAAAUGGUGGGAAAUCAGUAAAAAUCUGAAAAGUGACCAAUAUUUUGUGGAGUUUUAAGGUUAGGAUGGUUCUUAUGGUUUUUAAAAAAGAAUUCUUUAGUAUUCCUUAAGUAUGUGAAAUGUUUAUCUUUUUUUCUCUUUACAUGUUAUCUAUACAUACACUUAAUGAACCAAAAGAACUUUUAAAAAUUAAACUCUAAAUUUAAUUCAGUUUUGAAAAACAUAAUUAUCUUAAAUAUGCUUUUGUCUUCAAGUUAUUUAUUACUCUAGUGUUGCCACUGGGUGGCAGUCCUGGCUUCAAAAACUUUGCUAAUCUACCAUAAAAUGAUAGAUCUUUCCAGAUGUUAUGAAGGCAGUGCUGUUAAGAUGAUCAGCAUUCUUCUUCUUCUGCUUUUGUAGCUUAGUUAAUUUACUGAUCUAACUCAAUGAUAAUUUGUUUAUAAAAGUUGUUGUUAGAGAAGUUUAAUAGUAAUAAAUGUGAUAUAUGCUUACUAUUUUUACAAACUGUACUUACCAGGAAUAUGAGUAGAUCAUAAGGCACACCAGUGAAUAUUCCUGCAGAUUUAUAGAAAUACCUAUCAAAAUGGGCCAUAGUUCCUUCAUAUGUAAAAUGAAGGGAUUAGAAUAGACACUCUACAGAUCCUUAACACUGAAAAAGGAGAAGCAAUAGCUCCAGUAGAUUCAAAUAAACUUGACAUUUUUUUUAUUCUUUAAAUGAUUACUAUUAAAAAUAUUCUGUGUAGGUGGAAUUUACCUUCAUUGUGGAAAUGCUGUUUUUGAAUAAUAAGAGAUUAAUGUUCCUACUUGAGAUCAUCAUGCCUCAAUUCUAUGUAUUUCAUUGUGUUAAUGUUAAAAGAAUGGGAUCUCAAGAAAGCAGCUGAGAAAUAAGUAUCAAAAUGAGCAUGUAUUUUUUGACAUCACUAGAUCAUUAUUAUUGCUAUUGUCUAAAAUGCCUUAUAGAAGUUAGUGAUGGCCAUAUUUCCUCAUAUUAUGUUCUUUGAGGAUAAAAAUCGUGCCAAAGUGAACCACAAUUUAAUUUAUUCCAGUGUGCUAAAAUAUUUUCAUUUAAAUUUAACACACCUGAGAGAUACAUCUGCAGUUUUUUGUAUUUCAGUCCUCUGCUUCUUUUAUAUCAUUGUCACUUCCUAGUAAUCCUCUCUUCCCUAAUAAAUACUUUUCUCUUGUAACAAAGCAAGUUAAGUAAAACAAGCCAAUACAUUGACCAUGUCUGAAAGUGUAUGCAGCAUUCUAUAUUGAUUCUCAAUCUUUCCACUAAGAAGAACAAAGUAUAAAUAUUAUUGAGCCAUGAAAAAGAUGAAUCUGAAGAAUUCAGAGCAUCAUAGACUUUAACUGAUUUCAAGAUAAAUAAGCAGAGCUAGGAAAAUAAAAUAAAUGGUUCACCAGCAUUGUAGAUUUAAAAAACCCCCAACACUUUAAUUAUAUCUAAAUUUCAUCAUGGGAAAAAAUGCACCUCCUUUGCAGAAGUGAAAAGCUGUGAGUAAAACAUUGCAUAUACUGUAAAACUCAAUGAAUGCCAUAGUUUUUCUGAAGUUCUUUUUAAUUCUUUGUUACAAGGGAUGGCUCUCUUGAGUAGGGAAUAGUGAAGAGCAAUGUCAGAAUUGAAGAUGAUGUAAAAAAUAGCAAUAAAAGUUGAAGGGAAAAUAAAGUGUUUCACUAGUCCUUGGCAAUCAAAACCAAACAUAUUAAUCUGAAUUCUGAUGUCUUGUUAUUUUUUUCAUUACUGUGGUCACUUUGAAUAGUAUUCUCUUGGUUCUUCACACCAUAUAAGAUCUCUGAGUCUUCUUAACAUUUUGUAUUUAUCAUUGUAUAACCUAAUAAUAUUCUGUUACAUUCCUAUGUUAUAAUUUGUUCAAUCACUCCAAAAUUGAUAGGCAUCCUCCUUGUUCCUGGUGUUUUUGCAACCAUAAAAACAAAUGUGGAUUUA